GGUGGCCAUUUGAGUGAUCCGGAUGUGUACGUUCUAGCCAUGCCCUGUACUGCGGAAGCUUGGUGUAAGGGACGUCAUCAUGGCCGCUCCGGGGCCUAAAACUAAUGACGAGAAGCAGCGAAAGGGACCGUCCGUUUUUUUUCUGCACCCGGAUCUCGGCAUCGGUGGGGCAGAGAGGCUGAUAAUAGACGCGGCUCUUGCGCUCCGUGCACGAGGCUGUCGAGUGCAAAUUUGGACCCCGCGCUACGAUUCCUCGCGGUGCUUCUCGGAGACGCGUCAGUUGGACAUACGAAUAGCGGGCGACUGGUUGCCGCGGAGCAUCUUCGGAAGAAGCCACGCGCUCUGUGCUGUAUUACGCAUGAUGUGGCUGGCUUUGCACGUGCUGCUGCUCAGCGGAGAGGAGUUCGAUGUCUUUGUUUGUGACCAGGUGUCUGCAUGCAUUCCAAUUCUACGUCUAGCCCGGACCCCUAAAAAGGUUUUGUUUUACUGUCACUUUCCUGAUCAGCUUUUAACUCAGAGGAAAUCAUUUCUUAAACGCAUCUACAGAGCUCCACUAGAUUGGUUAGAAGAGUAUACAACUGGCAUGGCUGACUGUAUUCUUGUCAACAGUUAUUUCACAGCAAACAUUUUCAAACACACCUUUAAAUCCUUGUGUCACAUGAAUCCAGAUGUCCUUUACCCCUCUUUGAAUGUCAGUAUCUUUGAUACUGUUAUUCCUGCAAAUAUUGCUAACAUAGUUCCCAACAGGAAGAAAUUCUUGUUUCUUUCCAUCAAUCGAUAUGAAAGGAAGAAAAACCUCGUUUUGGCUUUGAAAGCAUUAUAUGAUCUUCGUGGUAGACUUGAUGCUCAAAACUGGAGUGAAGUUCAUCUGGUUUUAGCUGGUGGUUAUGAUGAGGCAGUUAAUGAAAAUGUGGAAUACUUUGAUGAAUUGAAAGCACUUGCUACCAAACUUCAGAUUGAUGACCAUAUCACAUUUCUAAGAUCAUUCUCUGAUGAGCAGAAGAUAGCUCUUCUUAGCAAUUCCAUAUGUGUCCUGUAUACACCAAGUAAUGAACACUUUGGUAUAGUUCCCUUAGAGGCUAUGUACAUGAAGUGCCCGGUUAUUGCCGUAAAUUCAGGAGGACCUGUGGAAUCAGUUGUAAACAAUCAGACAGGUUUUUUGUGUGAUCCUCUUCCAACCCAGUUUUCAGAAGCCAUGGAGAAAUUUAUAGAAGAUCCUAAUUUAAAGAGGACAAUGGGAGCUGCUGGGAAAAUCAGAGUUUUAGAAAAGUUUUCAUCAGAAGCAUUCACUGAAAAGCUGUAUCAGUAUGUCCUUAAUUUAAUACAAUGAAAUGAUAUGGUAUGGUAUUAUGUAAUUUAUUGGUGGAAAUGCUUAGUUUUAGAUACAUUCAUUGGCAUAUACUAUUGCUGCUGACUUGAAAUCUAUAUGUGGCUCUAUCUUGACUGUGAAGAUUAUUCUGUCUUUAAAACUGGGUCCUGCCAUAUAAUGAAAAUAUUUGACAUUGUCUUGUGACAUUUUGGAUAUUUGUAUUACACUGUUUUGAAACAUUAAACUAUCAGUCCUAGCAAAA